AUGGCUGCAGCUGCUGCCGCUGAAGAGCAACCUCUUUGCAUCACAUACCCAAUACUAAAUGCACCAUUGGAAUUGAGAACAGGUAUGAUUCAUAUGUUACCAAAAUUCCAAGGCUUAGAGAAUGAAGACCCUCAUCGUCAUCUAAAGGAGUUUUAUGUGGUCUGUUCAAGUAUGAGACCACAAGGUAUAACUGAUGAACAAAUAAGGUAUAAGAAAUUAAUUGCAAGUUGUCCAAAACAUGGAAUCACUCCAAAACAACUUAAUCUUCACUUUUACGAAGGACUUUUGCCAUUAGAACGAAGAAUAAUAGAUGCUGCUAGUGAAGGAGCCAUUGCAGAAAUGGAACCUGAAGAAGGUAAAACUUUAAUCUCCAAAUUAGCUGCCAAUUCUAGACAAUAUGGCCGAGAAGAGGACAUUCCAAGAAAUGCCAAUGAAGUAAGUAUUGCAUCUUUAGAUUCUAAAAUUUCACAACUAACAGCUGCAAUUCAACAAUUGGCUGCAGGGAACAAUACACGAACUUUUGGCAUUUGCAAACAAGCAUAUCACCCCACAGAUAUGUGUCCUAUCCUUCAAGAAGGAGAGCAACAGGUAAACGCCAUUAGAGGAUUCAAUGGACAACAAAGGAAGUAUGACCCGUUUUCAAGCACUUACAACUCGGGGUGGAGAGAUCAUCCAAACCUCAGCUAUGGGAAUAGAAAGCAGAACUACCAACCAAGAACCAACUAUCAAGCUGCAAAAUCAGAAUCUCAAGGGAAACUACCUUCCCAAACCAUACCAAAUCCAAAACAGAACGUAAGUGCAAUUACACUGCGAAGUGGGAAGGAGUUAGAAUCUGCCAGCCCAAAGAAGCUUGCCCAAGGCAGUAAGGCAGACCAGAAGAUAGAAGCAGAAAUAGAGAUUCUAGAAGAGAAACAACCCCAGAAAUCUGAGGAAGAACAAUCCCCAAUGCAGGUAAUACGUCCACCUUUUCCUGAAAGAUUUGCUCAAUCAAAAAGAGAAAAGGAAGAAAAAGAGAUCUUGGAGAUUUUUCGCAAAGUCCAGGUAAACAUACCCCUUCUUGAAACCAUAAAGCAAAUACCUAGCAUAGAUGUAGUUGAUCCUCUCGCUCAAGAAGCCUUUGAACUAAGCAAAAAAACAAGUUGGAGGUAG